ACGUCACGCCCACAACACGAACACGAGCUGCCGACGUGGCGGAGAAGGCAGGGCGGAAGGCGAGGGCUGCUGCUGCAGAAAACAUCUGUGCGGUUUAAUUCAUCUGGACCCAAAAUGACUUCUGUUUAAAGAUCUACCAAGUGUACCUGUAGGAUUCAUGCACGGACCCCAGCGGCAGAAUUCACAAAGAGCACCAUGUCAGAGAGUGACCUUAAAGACACUCCGUCUCCUGAGACCAAAGAGCCACUAUCAGAAGUUCAUCAAGAUGACCUCUGUAUGAGCGGAACAGGGCCCCAAGACCCAUGCCCUCAGUCUGUGUCAGAGCCCUCGCUGGGUGUUGAAAAAAGCCAGCUGACUGCUGCGGUGAAUGAAGAAGAACCUUUUGUUCAGGAAACGAAAAGGACUCAGGAGGACCAAUCAAAUGCAGGAGAAAGUCACAUGACAGAGUGCAGCGAAUCAGUGAGCUUGGAGGGAGACAGCGCUGUCAGAGAUGCUGGAGAGACUGAAGGCCAUGGGGUGGAGGGGGCUUCAGCUGAAGGCAAAGUCAAGGGUUGGGGUUCGUGGGGUUCCUGGGGGAAGUCACUCCUGACCAGUGCCACAUCUACAGUGGGACACGGGAUCAGUGCCAUGAAGGAGAAGGCGGGGGGGUCGCCGCGUGUCCACAAGACCUCGGCGUGUGAGGAGGCCACGGAGACUGCGGAGGAGAGCGCGGCAGAGACAGAGUUGGGUCCCGCUGCAGACACUGUUCCCUCUCCCACGCGAGGUGUCUUCUCCACCAUCACCAGCGCCUUUCAGAACACAGGCAAGUCUGUGAUUACUGGAGGUCUUGAUGCACUGGAGUUCAUUGGCAAGAAGACCAUGACCGUCCUUGCGGAGAGCGACCCUGGCUUUAAGAAGACCAAAAUUCUCAUGCAGAGGACUGUCUCACUAUCUCAGAUGCUGAAGGAGGCCAAGGAGAAGGAGAGGGAGCGCCUGAGCCGCCAACCCAUCAGCGAGCCCAGCGCUCACUACGGCAUCCUCUUUGAUGACUACCAGGGCCUGUCCCACCUGGAAGCUCUGGAGAUCCUGUCCGAUGAGAGUGAGGCCAAGGUUCAGGCUGAGCUUUCUUCUCUGGAGGGGGAGCCAUUAGAGGUCCUCAAGAGAGAGCUGAUCACCAUCAAGGACAUCUUUGUGGAGAAGGACUCGGGGAAGGAAGACGAAGCAGAAGAAAAUGUCGCCGAUGGCUCAGAGUUUGUCACCGUUCUCACCGACCUGCUCUUUGAACUCCACAUCGCUGCUACGCCCGACAAGCUUAACAAGGCUUGGGUGAAGGCUCGCGACUGGGUGAGGGAGGUGGAGAGGCCCGGCGUGGGCGAGGCUGUGGAGGAGGCAGAGCCCAGCUGUAGCCCUGAGCCCAACACAGGCCUCGGAGGGCAGGAGAACCAAGAAGGGGAGAGCAGCUCUAAAUGUCUGGAGACCGUGUACCUGUCCUCCGUGGGGAGCCUGGCCGAGGUGACGGCGCGGAGCAUCGAGCAGCUGCACAAGGUGGCCGAGCUCAUCCUGCACGGGCAGGACGUGGAGAAGUCGGCACAGGAGCAGGCCCUCGUCCUCGUCAGGCUGACCAGAACCAUGUGCAAGGAGGUGGGCUGCCUCUCCAAGACGUUCUCUGACACCCUGCUCUCCGUCGGGAAUCAGAGGAAGGCAGAGGAGCUCAGUCCCCUGGUGGAUAGUGUCAUACUUGAGGGCUCCAAUAGCGCCACCUACAUCCAGAAUGCCUUCCAGCUGCUGCUGCCUGUUCUCCAGAUAUCCUACAUCCAGACCAGCAGGACCCAGUCAAACCAGGAGGCCUAGCUGAGGGCAGUGGGAGCCAUACUGCAGAAGAGGCGGACAUUCCCCAUGCUGUGUGUGUGCGUGCAUGUGGCCCUGCAGUGUAGCUCAACAUGCGAAAUGUACAGCACCCAUGCCAUAGUACAGUGUGUUAGCAUCUGUCUCUGUGUACAUAAAUUAUAUAUAUGGCGUUUAAUACACGAAAGAUUAAUUCGAUUAAUUCGGAUUUUUAAAUUAGCUCAGAUGCCGUUUAAUCGGCUUGUUCGGAUGUAAUCUCCAUGUGGAUGAGGCGGAUCACAGCCUCUGUGGACUUCAGUGCCCAGGAGCGAAAGGUAUCACUCAGUCUCCUUUUGCUAAUUAGCCGGUCGGCAGAUUGUAGCCGCUAACCCAUUAGCGUUACUGAACACUCAGUCAUUCAGUGCGUGUGCGGUUGCCGUCCUCGUGAGGCUACACAGCAGGCUGUUCGUCCAGACAGUAACCGACAGCCAAGCGUGCGAGGGAACUGGGCGGUCAGUAACCUUAAGUAAUAACUAACCAGGUUAGUAGCAGAAAAAGAGUUCAGAUGCAACUUUGUUGAUGCCAAAAGCAAAAGACUAUCGGCUGCGUUUUAAGAAGGAAAGUGUGCUAUAUGGAGCCCAACACAUAAAUGAGCUGUGCGGCUGCCCAGUGGCCAUCAGGGGGCCCCCUCCCAUCUGAUCAGCGUGUCAGAUUGGGGAGGAAGAUAACAAAUGGUUAAUCAAGCUUUACUCAGGCCCCCAAAAACGGUUCGGUCAGCCCUGCUCCUGUGAACGCAAGAUUAGCACUUCAAGCUGCAUCUAGUCAGAUCAUUACGAUUGAAUUCAGUUCUGACUUAUUUUCCUGAGCUUGAGGUGAAGAUCGUUGAGGUGUUCCGGUUCAUUAGCAUCUCAAUGUUUAAGUUAUUCAUUAUUGAAGUGCGUCUUAGAGCACAGUUAAUGACAUGGAUUUACGUGUUUAAUGAUGGUCGUUAAUUCGUGGUGCCGCGGCACAACUCAGAACAAACGGCUAAAUAUUUAAACAAAAUACAUUCAGCCGCUGAUGACUUUAGUCUUUUUUUCAUAACGGAGAUUAAUAUUCUUGGUUUUUCCACAAGGCAUCUUCUCCAGUCCAGUCUGCCUCUAAACACUUAACCGCAAAUUUAACGCCCACUACACUACAAAUUAAUCGACCACACCAUGCUGGUUAAAGAAAUCGGAAACAUACCUCGCAGACUUGAAUGUUCUUAAUGUUCUCCAGUUAUUUCCUUUAAUGUUGUGAGGUUCGCAUCUCCAAACUGAUAAUAUUAAUAUUAUAGUUACCAUGGGGGACAGUGUGAUUGGAAGGUUGCAGGUUCAAAUCCCGUACUUGGCGGAGUGAUGUCACCAUUGGGCCCCUGAACAAGGCCCUUAAUCCCCAUUUGCUCCAGGGACUGACUGGCUCUGCUUUUUCAACUGUAUGUCACUUUGGAUAUUAGUGCCUGCUAAAUAAGUAAAUGCACUAUGAAUUUAAUGGUAAUCAAUACAGAAUGUUAGAAAUUUAGUGGAUGUGAGAAUGGAGGUGAUGAUAUUAAGACCAUUAACUGAUCCAUCCUGAACUGCUUGAACUGUUUUGCCUUUGAUUUAUUGCUCACUGUACCUCUGUGAGUCUGUGGCAUUGGUAAUCGAUAGCGUGGCUUAUUUUUCUUAUGUAUGUUGUAGGUGGAUUUUUAAAUACUUGAAAACGAGUCUGGUGCAGAAGUGCCAAAAGGCGGCAGAGCACUCAGCUAGUAAUUCGGCCCAAGACAGACAGUCUUCUGCCGUGUCCCAAUUCAAGGGCUGCAUCCUUCUAAGGAUGCGGUCCGCAGUGCUUUUGCAGGCUGGGUCCUUCGAAGGUCCACGCAGUGAAUCUUGGGAUAUGUCGGGAAUUGGGACGCGGCUUUCAUCUCUCUGGAUGCCGCGCCUCAGCCUGGCUUCUUUGAGCAGCGAAUCUCGCAUAUGCAGCCCCGCAGCUCUCAUUGAGUCGCCUUACCUUGCCAACCAUGUGCCUGAAGUCCUUGCCCGUUGAAAAACCAAAUAAAACUACACAGUAACUGUC